CCUCGAGGACACGCGCAGUCGUCUCACUUCCUGGUUGAAGAUGGCGGAUGAGAAUGAGACAGCACCGCUGCCGGAGAAACAAGACGUAGAGGACCACGGACACUGUAGCGACUGUGAAAAUGAGGAGCACCACUUCGACGAUGGUGACAGGGGUCUGGGCGACGAGAGCGGUGCCAAGAAGAAGAAGAGGAAGCAGAAGAAGAAGAAAAAGACCAGCGCGGCCACAGAAACAUCCCAAGACCCCCUCGCCAAGGUGAAUUCACUGCCCGCUGACAAGCUGCAGGAGAUCCAGAAGGCAAUAGAGCUCUUCUCAGUGGGCCAAGGUCCCGCCAAGACUAUGGAGGAGGCCAGCCGGAGGAGCUACCAGUUCUGGGACACACAGCCCGUGCCCAAGCUGGGCGAGACUGUGACAUCGCAUGGUUCCAUCGAGCCUGACAAGGACCACAUUCGUGAGGAGCCCUACAGCCUCCCGCAAGGCUUCUCUUGGGACACCCUGGACCUGGGCAACGCUGCUGUGCUCAAGGAGCUCUACACUCUCCUCAAUGAGAACUAUGUGGAAGAUGAUGACAAUAUGUUCCGAUUUGACUACUCCCCUGAUUUCUUGCUCUGGGCUCUCCGGCCCCCUGGCUGGCUGCCUCAGUGGCACUGCGGGGUGAGGGUGAACUCCAACCAGAAACUAGUGGGCUUCAUCAGCGCCAUCCCCGCUAGUAUCCGCAUCUACGACAUUGAAAAAAAAAUGGUGGAGAUCAACUUCCUGUGCGUCCACAAGAAGCUCCGAGCCAAGCGAGUGGCCCCGGUCCUGAUUCGGGAGAUCACCAGACGCGUCAACCUGCAGGGCAUCUUUCAGGCAGUGUACACGGCCGGAGUGGUCCUGCCUAAACCCGUGGGCACCUGCAGGUACUGGCAUCGCUCGCUAAACCCGCGCAAACUGAUCGAAGUGAAGUUCUCCCACUUGAGCAGGAACAUGACCAUGCAGCGGACCAUGAAGCUUUACCGCCUGCCUGAGGCCCCCAAGACGUCGGGUCUGCGGCCGAUGACAAAGAAGGACGUGCCAGCCGUGUGCAGCCUCCUGCGCGAGUACCUGAGCCAGUUCAACCUGGUGCCCGCCAUGAACCAGGAGGAGGUUUCCCAUUGGCUGCUGCCCCGCGACAACAUCAUUGACACGUACCUGGUGGAGAACGAGGGCAAAGUGACGGACUUCCUGAGUUUCUACACACUGCCGUCCACCAUCAUGAACCACCCGGUGCACCGCACCCUCAAAGCCGCCUACUCCUUCUACAAUGUUCACACAACCACCCCACUGCUGGACCUCAUGUCGGACACCCUCAUCCUUGCCAAAUCGAAAGGUUUUGACGUCUUCAACGCACUGGACCUCAUGGAAAACAAGACUUUCCUGGAGAAGCUCAAGUUCGGCAUCGGCGAUGGCAAUCUACAGUAUUACCUUUACAAUUGGAAGUGUCCCAGUAUGGGCUCGGAAAAGGUUGGCCUGGUCCUGCAGUGACCCUCCCCCCCACCCCCUCCACCGCCCAAAUCUGACGGCGCUAAGUGUUAUAAGACAACCGCGACUGCACCAUCGCACCUGCCACCUGACUGAUGGGCUUGAAGACUCUUUCAAGAGAGGAAGCCCAUUUUUACUUUUGUUUUUUAAUUUUGAUGUUUUUUUCAGUCCUUUUGGAACUUUUUUGAGCUGCACUAUUGCUGCCAGGCAAGGGGAAGCCUGCCUAACCCCCCCCCCCCCCCCCCCCCCUGCCCAACACACACACACACACACACACAAACCUUGAAGUUAUUCCAGUUACAUCAAAGCCAAUAGUUGACAAAGGAGGGUCAGGUACCCAGGUACCAACACACACAAGCAGUUUGCGGGGGUCACUGCAUCACACCAACUAUAAAGAGACAACAACAAAAACGUAAAUAAUCAACAGCACGACUGCUAAUUUGUGGUCUAAAAUGCGCACUACUACUGUUUUAUGUUUGGAGUGAUUAUUUUUUUUUGGGCAAGUACAAUUUGACAUGAAUUAUAGAGGUAAUUUUAAAAAAAAAAAAAAGAUUUUUUUAAAAUGGAGAGGCUCUUCAUGUUGUGGCGAUGACCUAACAUAAGAUAAUAGCAAGGGCUUUGCUCAUUCCCGCUUGAUCGUCUCUAAUUUCCUUAUCCAGGUGUCCUUCGAGAAGAAAACUAACUGAAUCACAGCGGACGAGGUACAAAAGGGGUUUUCCCUCGAUUUGCCAUGCUGUGAUUGUGUGCACCAGACUUUGACACCUUUGUUAUCAAUAAACCUGCUGUUAAAGCUCACUAAUACAAUGUCUUGCUGAAGGGUUCGCUGCAUUUUCCGCUACUAGAUCAUAAGAUCGCGACGGCCAAUGUGCAGUUUCAAAAGUCUAAAUAGAAGCUUGCAAGUGCGGAAAAAGCGAUGUCCCACAUUUCAAACUGCAGUGCUGAAAGAGUGACAACUGGGAGGGGUAAAAAAAAAAACAACUUUUGCAAUCAUGUUAAGAAAAUG